AUGGCUCCCACUCUCAAUCACCCAGCCGGUGUCACCUUCGUCGAUGAUGGCCAUGGACCAGUCCACGUAGAUGCUGCUACAUACUAUGGCGGCGGCGAGGCAUUCACUCGUUCGAGAACCUACAGUCAUUCACAUAUUCAUGGGUAUAACCCCAAGCGUACUCCGCUCUUCGAGGAGGAUACGCACAUGAGGGCUCGGCGCAUGUCGCAUGACGAGAAGAGCGUCACCGGUCCCCGUCGCUUCCUCAUCGAUGUCGAAGAGACCAUUCGUGUUGUCCUUGAGCAGGAGGACACAGAUGGUGAUUUCCAAAUUAGUAUCACUGAUGCGGGCCCGAAGAUGAUGGCCCUCGGUACGGCCACGAGCAAUGGCUUCAAGACUUUUGAUGUCCGAGGAACCUACAUGUUGUCCAACUUGUUGCAGGAACUUGCCCUGGCCCGGGAUCAUGGACGCAAACGUAUCGUCCUCGAUGAGUCUCGUCUCUCAGAGAACCCAGUCGAUCGUCUCUCUCGCAUGAUCAAAAACUCAUUCUGGCACUCACUGACUCGCCGCAUUGAUGGCGAUGGUCUCGAGAUCAUCACUGCCGACCCUAAGAACCGUACGGGCCGAGUCCAACCUCGAAUCUACGUCCCUCACGGCGAACCUGCAAUGGCUGAAUACUACAGAAAAGUGGCACGCGAGAAACCACACAUGAACCUUGAUGUACAGGUCCUACCUCCAAAGCCUGAUGAUGCCAUAUUUGUCAAAAGCUUGAACUCGAAGCCAGGUAUUUUAGCGCUCGCUAUGAAUGAGGUUGAUGACGGCAAGGGUGGUCGGACCCUUAAAGGAAUUCCUUUCAUCGUUCCUGGCGCUCGCUUUAAUGAGCUCUACAACUGGGAUUCCUACUUCAUUUCCCUGGGCCUCCUUGUGGAUGGUCAAGUGACCAUGGCGAAAGGCAUGGUUGACCACUUUAUAUUUGAAAUCAAGCAUUACGGCAAGAUUUUGAACGGAAGCCGGAGCUACUAUUUGUGUAGGACGCAGCCUCCGUUCUUGACGGACAUGGCGCUGCAAAUCUACAAUCAGCUAGAUCGCUCAGACGUGGAGUCUAAUCGGCAAUGGCUGAAACGCGCAAUCCAAGCCGCCAUCAAAGAGUACCAUACCAUCUGGGUUGCGGAGCCCCGCAUUGAUCCCAAGACGGGGUUGUCCAGGUACCGCCCCGACGGUCUUGGAAUUCCUCCUGAAACUGAGGCGACGCACUUCACGCAUAUCCUUGAGCCUUAUGCUGAGAAGCAUGGCAUCUCGGUACUCGAGUUUAGCGAGAAGUACAAUAAUGGAGUUCUCAAGGAGCCUGAGCUGGACGAGUACUUCUUGCAUGACAGAGCUGUGCGCGAGUCGGGUCAUGAUACGACGUAUAGGUUUGAGAAGCGGUGUGCGAACCUUGGGACGAUCGAUCUGCAGGCGUUGCUGUACAAGUAUGAAGUCGACAUCGGUACGGCCAUCCGGGAGGUGUUUGAUGAUGAGCUCGAGCUCGAGGAGGAAUUCGACUUGGCACCCUUCCCACCAUCUGUUGAGGCAUACCGCAACCCCUACCGCGAAUGCUCGACCAGUCGGUCGCAAAAUAGCGAUGAGUGGUUUGAGAGAGCCGAUCACAGGAGAGAGAUUAUUGACAAGUACCUCUGGAAUGAAAACAAGAAGCUGUACUUCGACUACGAUACAGUCCUAGAGAAGCAGAGUUUGUAUGAAAGUGUUACUGCGUUCUGGGCGCUCUGGGCUGGUUGCGCGAGCGAGGAGCAGUGCUGGAAACUUGUUUCGCAGUCGUUGAAGAAGUUUGAAGUACUCGGGGGUCUUGUUUCUGGGACUGACGAGUCUAGGGGUAAGAUUUCCUUGGACAGGCCUAACCGACAGUGGGAUUACCCUUAUGCAUGGCCUCCUCACCAAAUCAUGACUUGGGUCGGGCUAGAGCGCUACGGUUACCUGGAAGAUGCUCAGCGAUUGUCGUACAGGUUCCUUUACAUGAUGACCACAGCGUUUGUUGACUUUAAUGGAGUUGUACCCGAGAAGUUUGACGCAGUGAAGCUUUCACACUUGGUGGAUGCUGAGUACGGCAACCAAGGUUUAGAUUUUAAGAUGGUUCCUCGUGAGGGCUUUGGUUGGAUGAACUCCGCCUACCAGGUGGGCCUGUCCUUCUUAACGACGCACAUGCGUCGCGCAGUCGCGACGUGCACCAGCCCAGAAGUCCUCUUUGGUUCAUCAGCAAACCUUGAAAAUGCCGUCGCUCAAGCGGCACACGCUGCCACCGAUCCUCUUGGCCUUGCGAUGGAGUCAUUAAACAUUGCCAGUGUACCUGCUUAA